AUUUUGAGAUCUGUCUUAACAGUACUGAUUGUCUUUCAAUAAAAACAAUGCGUCGGAUUUACCAUUUAUUUUUUUUUAUACUAAUUUUGUAUCAACAAAAUGCUGCUGAUUACAUAGACGAGUGCAACAAUCCGGACUUGGACAAAGCUGAAAUUGAAUUAUACAGCCAAUUAUUUCUUCGUUUGAACUCCAUCAUCAGAAGCAACAUUGAAUUGAAAACGGAACUUUUAGAUGUAAAAGAGGAGUUAAGGCAAAUUAGAGAGCAAACUCCACCCUCCAGAGAGCUAGUGGAAAUUGAAAUCUCUGUUAUACAUAUACAUGUCAUGGACAAACGCUGCUAUUGCUCGCGUGGGCUCAAGAAUAAUUCUCAGGGUGAAAGUAACGGUUGGCGUAAGACCUUCUAUUAUCCUGGCGGCGGAAACUAUCGGGGCUUUUGGCUGAAAUCGCAACAUCACCGUUUUGGAGUUAAGGAGACGAAAGACAAUUUAAUUUACGAUGGUCAAUGGCAACGCGGCAAACGACAUGGUUGGGGUAUGAUGCGUCGACGCUUGCCCAAUGGCAACAUGGUAAGAAUUUACUCAGGCCAGUGGCUGGAUGACAUGAAAAGUGGCGAGGGAAAGCAAUUCUACGAUGAUGGUGACAUCUAUUAUGGAUAUUGGCUGAAUAACAGGCGCCAUGGUUUGGGCAUUCACUGGUAUAACAAUGGAAACAUAUAUGUGGGCGAAUGGCAAGUAGAUGUGGCCCAUGGUCUGGGUGUGAUGUUCUAUGCCAAUGGUAACCGUUAUGAAGGCUGUUUUGCUCGAGGUUUCAAAAAUGGCGAGGGCACAUUUUAUCACAUGCACAGGGGUCAAAUACAAAAGGGUAUGUGGCAGGAUGAUGUUUGUAAGGCUUCGCUGGUGCAAGAUGAGUUCCGUAGUACAGCACAAAAAGCCACACCCUAUCCCAUACCACCGGUUCGUAUCGACUUUGCAAAUGAGUUUAUAAAGAAAAUAUUUGGAAAAUAUUAUGAAAAUUCUCGAAGGCCUGCCAUAUCUUCAGAGGAGUCGAAGUGCUUGAAAUUCAUUAGAAAAAUCAACAAAUAACAACAUUAUGUUCAAACGAAGCAAUUCAAGAAGCGCAUAAUUCCAUUUUCAUCACAUAUUCAGAAAUCCCAAAUAUCAUUGCUACAUUCAAAAUCAAUUUAAAUUCCUUUUAAUGCAUACUUUCAGGUUAUACCCGACGAUUUUUUAAUAAACAAAAAUUAAA